GUCCAUAUCAUCAUUCACAACGAAGGCGGAGAUUUUCAACGAAUGCUCGAGCACACCGCUCAGACGGGUGGCCUCAGUGCAGACGUUAAAUUCUGCCUUUUCACAUCUCUCUUCUUCAACAAUGACCGCUUCAGAUCUCCCUGGUCCCGGUCGCAUUCUAGACAAAUAUGUUUUCACAAAGGGUGGUAGAGCGCUCGAGCGAGCCAUUGCGCGGACGGCACAUUCAUUAGGCUUUGGACCUGCUGCUGCUGCGCUUCGCAUCGGUGCAAACCUGCGCGGUUUUUCUUUGGACGAAAGUCCUCCAACAACAGCACUCAUGACGUAUGAGGGAGCAACAUCAAAGGCACUCAGGCUGGAACUCGGACUAAUCCAGGACAUUCCUCGAUUGAGGGCCGAUUGUCAAAAACUGGUCGGCUAUACGAAGUCAAAUAUUGUCAGCACUCGCAUUCAAGCAUAUAACAUGAUUAUAACUCUGUUCAUCCGCUUUCCGUACCUAAAUCUCUACUUUGAGAAUGUUGACGUGAUCAAGAGUGACCGCAAGAGUGUUCGUUCUUGCCAAGCGACUGACGAUGACCUGCUGGAGGAGACGCUUGCGCGGAUGGCUUUCGCUUGUCUUGUACCUUCCGACGAUCCGGGUAGCGUCGCCCGUCUCGUUGAUCAUCUGGCAGAACAGACAAAGCGUGCCGAGGAGCGCAAGAAAGAAUGGAGUACAGGUCCCCCGGUUUCUGAUCUUCCGAGUACGCAAAUGAUUCGCAAGUAUUGCGAGAACCCUCAUACCUCGUUUGCGGCUUUGCGUUUCACUGGCAUCAUCUUCCGGCACUACUUCCUCUCGCGCGGACCUGAUCUCUACGUGAAACUCACCAGUGCAACUGUACCCGAAUUCUGGCAGGAACUAAUACUUUGCAUACAAAAUCUCGUCCAAAGCGAUCUUACUCGUGCAUGUGGGGAUUGUACUUGCUCCAAGCAUUAUUGCAACGAUCCAAGACAUGCAAGUGCCACAUACGGAGACGCGGAGAUUCUAGCAGAGCCGGAUCCGGAGGGUAUAGACCUGUUUUCUGAGACGAUUUUCGAAAUGCUUUACCGUGGUAUUGCGUGGGAUCCAAACCUUGAUAAAUACGGAAGACGCUGCGUUAGGCUUCGCGAUUCGUUGGUUUGCGACGCCCUUAAGAUUUUUGAGCCCCCGGCCGCACAGAUGCUCUUCCCUAAUGCCUCUUUUAUUUCUUUAACGAAGCUAAAGCCGCAAGCGGAACUUCUACAGUACGAUGUACACCACACCAUCGAUGCGCUCCCCCAGUUUGGAAAGCUGGAGCACGGGUUUGAGGGUGAGGGUGAACUAGCCACUCACCUCGCCAGCAAGUCCACGCCCACGUUUUCCGACCGCCUCAGUGGAGCAUUUCGUCGUCGUGAUCGCCAGCGCGGAGUCAAGGUCAUCCUCCCCACCAAGCCAGAGUAUGGGUUUGACGACGAGGGCGAACUAGCCAUUCCCCUCUUCGGAAAAUCCGUGCCGAGGUUUUCGGACCGCCUCAGUAGAGUCUUUCGUCGUCGCAAUCACCAGCGCGGAGUCAAGGGCGAACUCUCUGUACUGAGGUUAACGACGCGGACGACGUUGAAGGCGACGAUAGGCUAA